AUGGACGCCUUUCUCCAACGUCUCUCCAGUCCCGCCGUCGCCAUACCCAUACUCCUCUUGCUCGUCUACUCCUUCUACAACCGCCUGACUGCGGUGUCGAAUAUACCAGCAACCUUACCAUGGGUUGGGAGGAACCCAAGCAAGGUAUUCGCCGAUACCAGGGCCAAUCUGGCAAGCUUCAGCAGCGUCAGGGAGUGGCUUGAGGUCGGAUACAGUAAGUAUGGCAAGAAGAACAUGUCCUACAUCCUCCCUGACAUCUCCGGCAAACCUCAAGUCGUUCUCCCACGCUCGCAAAUGCCGUGGCUUCUCGAACAACCAGACAACAUCCUCAGUACCUCUGCAUUCCACUACGACACUCUCGAAGGCGACUAUGCCUUCACCACCCCUCAGAUCCUCAAAGAUCCAUACCAUGAACACGUUAUCCAUAAAUACCUACCGCGGCGGAUCGCUCCCUUGAUUCCAGAUAUGUGGGAGGAAAUACAGGUGGCAAUGGAUCAGACAUGGGGCAAGGAUACAAAGGCAUGGAAAGAGAUUGGCAUUUGGGAGAACAUGAUGAGAAUCAUACCAAGUAUCACGAACCGAAUGAUGCUUGGACUGCCAAUCUGUCGGAACGAAGAUUUUUUGAAGAACAUGGGCAAGUUCGCUAUGGAUGUCAUAUCCUCCGCUUCAAUCUAUCUGCGGCUGACACCUCGCAUCCUCAAACCCAUCAUCGGACCUCUAAUAACCAUACCAAAUACCCGUCACUGGCGGAAUACGACCAAAUACACUCUGCCAAUCAUCAAUGAGCGGCUAGCCAAUUUCAAGAGGAAGCAAGAGGAUCCCAGCUUCCAAUGGAAUGAGCCAAACGACUACAUAAGCUGGCACAUCAAUCUCGCCACGGCAGAAGGCCGGCACGAUGAGCUAACACCAGAUAUGAUCUCUCGACGUCUCAUGCCGCUCAACUUCGCCGCCAUCCAUACCACUGCCCUGACCGUCACCAAUACCAUCUUCGACCUCCUUUCCUCGCCUUCCUCCUCGAACUGGCUAGAAGGCAUACGAGAAGAGGCUGAAAGGGUAUUGACGGAAGAAGACGGACAGUGGACGAAAGCCGGACUGGGGCGGUGCCACCGGUCCGACUCCGCCAUUCGGGAAAGUAUGCGGGUCAGCAACUUCAUGACAAGGAAUGUCUUGCGGAAAGUGAUGCCCGAGGAAGGCAUUGAGAACAAAGCGGAAGGGUGGCGAGCUCCCCAAGGCGUGUUGAUAGGGGUGGACAUGCACAGCGUCCAGCAUGACCCGGAGAUCUACCCAGAUCCCAACACCUAUGACGCGUUCCGGUUCUCGAGGCCUCGAGAAGAAGCUGAUGCAUCAACAGUGCACAGCGAGGUCAACGGAAUCAAGAACACUGGACUAAUCACCACAUCGGAUAUCUUCCUUCCGUUCUCGCACGGACGUCAUGCAUGUCCUGGAAGAUUCUUUGUAUCGCUAGAGAUGAAGCUGCUGCUGGCGUACAUGGUGAUGAACUACGAUGUUGAGCCUUUGAAGAGUCGACCACCCAACAUUUGGUUUGGCCAGAGUUCGUUGCCACCAAUGAAGGCCACGAUCAAGGUGAGACGGAAGGAAGGAGCGACGAAGAAAUGA